AAGAAAACAGUCGCUUUCCGUCGGCCGAGAGGGCCGGGCGUCAUUCGAAAUUCAAAAUCGAACUUUGUAUUCGAAUUUCGAAACUUCGAGUUCGAGUCGCGAGUGUUUUGUUUUCAGUGCUUCGAAGUGUUUGUUUUCGAGAAGGAGGCAAAGAGUCCAGCUAGUUCGUGCCACCAAAAAUGCGGGCCUGUUUAACGUGACAGAUCAAAAGGAACCACCAAGAUGUCGUUCAAACAGCUCACAAACAACACAAUCGCUAAGGCCUACAACCAUCUGUUUGUGGAACUAGCAGAUCCUCGGACCAACGACUGGUUCCUCAUCACCAGCCCGAUCCCAGGGCUCAUCAUCCUUUACCUGUACCAGAAGUUCGUGCGAACAUGGGGACCUCGCUACAUGGCCGACAGGCCGCCCUUCCAGUUUCAGAAGACGCUCAUCGUAUACAACUUUUUGCAGGUGCUUGUUAGCUGCUGGCUGUUUCAUGAGGGUCUAGAUGCGGGCUGGCUUCGAACCUACAGUUGGAAAUGCCAACCCGUAGACUUCUCCGACAGUCCGGAAGCGAUGCGAAUAGCCCGAGGAGUCUACGUGUACUUCCUCGCUAAGAUGUCGGAGCUCCUGGACACGGUGUUCUUCGUGCUCCGCAAGAAGGACCGCCAGAUCACCUUCCUCCACAUGUACCACCACACCGUCAUGCCCAUGAUAUCCUGGGGAGCGACUAAAUACUACCCCGGCGGGCACGGCACGCUCAUCGGCGUGAUCAACUCGUUCGUGCACAUCAUCAUGUACUCGUACUACAUGCUCGCCGCUAUGGGGCCCAAGUACCAGCGGCUGUGCUGGUGGAAGUCCUACAUUACUACUUUACAAAUGGUCCAGUUUUGCAUAGCAUUCCUCCACUCCUCCCAACUGCUGUUCUAUGACUGCGGCUACCCUCGCUGGUCCGUCGUCUUCACUUUACCCAACUCCAUUUUCUUCUACUACCUCUUCUGGGACUUCUACGAUAAAGCCUAUAAGAAACCUGACGCCAAUGGUGCUAAAUCUAACGGCCGAUUGAAAGAAAAUGGCGUCAAAGGUCAUAAAAAAAUUGAAAGCAAUGGGAUUAAGGACAGGAGUAAUGAUAAGAAAGUGAAGUGAAUUGUGUACUGUUUAUCGCGCAUGAAAGAGCCAAGGCAGUUAAAACCUUGACUCCUCUUAUUUAAAAAAAAAAGGAAAAGGAGGGUCAAAAAAUUUUGUUUCUGACCUAAAUUGCUUAAUAAAGGGUUCUAUGCAGCAACCGAAUUGCCUUGUUUGUAAAUCUACCAUUUAAUUUUAAACCAGGAUUAUUUUGGGUUGUCUACAGAAAAUAUAUUUUAGGAAUGUUUCUGAGGUAAGAAUUAGUUUACAGGCGAUUUUAUCAAUUGCGCAAAAUAGUACCUUUACUUAAGAAGUCACCAUUUCAAUAUUGCUUAAGACAACUAAUAAAAAAUCUUGAAAAAAAUACUAAUACACGCCAUGUAGAAUAUGUAAAGCACAAUUUUUGUUUACAAUGUACAUAAAGGCAUUUUAAGUAUAAAUUAGAAUGUUAUAAAUAUAAACGCAUGCUCAAUGUACCUACUUAUUUAAAAUGUUAUAAUAAUUGUAUAAUUGAUUAUAUAAUUUUCACUGUGUAUAAUGACCUCAAUGUCGGGUUUGAGAAAUUAUAUAGAUUUUUUGUUUUUAAAAUUGAGACGAGCCUAAUUCGAGCCCAAAUGUCAUAAAGUGACGAGGUCGCACCCACAUAUUGGACAUCAUGACUAUAAAAUAUAUUUAUUAUGGGUCACUUACAUUCACAAAUUCGACUUAAAUUUCGUGAGUGACCCGUUACAUAAUAUUACAUAUUCCUAAUGGAGUUUACCAGGCGUAUUUGUUGCGCUUAUCUUAUCAUUUUGCUAACAAAAAGAUAAAACUCUCGUCUCUUAUGCAUUGGUUUCCAGAGGGCGUAUCCAAGAUGUCAAUCGUUUGCGCCGUAGCGAAUAAAACGGUAUUGUCUCUCUAUCACUCUUCCAUAUAAGUGCGACAGAGAGACAUUGGCAUCUUGGCGAGGCCCCCAGUUGACGUUACGCUGGGUACAGUGUACAGCAACUUCCCAUACGAAAAUGUUUUCCCGUACGAUACUGUCGCUCAGGGUCAGAAUUCGACUCACGCCUUAUCUUGUCGUUUUACACGGGAUAAGCGCGACCAUAAAGCUGGCCAUACACGUUACUGUAUAGAGGAUUUUCUGAAGAACUUCGGUAAAUCGUAACAUCUAUUUAUGACUAGCAAAACUUCCGUGGGACGCUGACAUACUAAAUAUAUUAAACCGAGUCACUCACGUAUGCAAACUAGACCUAUACGUAUACACUUGAUAUACGUGAGUGACCUGCGACUACUGGUCUAGAAUGCCUAUUAGAACACAAGUACACAGAAUUCUUCUAUAAAUACCUAAGUGUAAGAUAAUAAUAAGAAAUUGUAGAUAGAUUUUUAAAUAUACUAAUGUAUACAAAUUCUUCCAAAGCGGGAUACAGGACUCUCUGCCUAUAUGAAUAAGGUGUUCUUUAGGGAAUUGCUACUAUUCAGAAAUUAUGUACGCGAAUGGCGAAUCACCUACUUUUAUGGCUGGUUUUAGUUUUCUCUUUUUCCUGACAGUCUGUAUAAAGCCUGCCUGACAAGUUUCUAUUUUGGCUCUGAGAUAGUGUCGCUAAAAGCAACUUACAUGGCAAUAAUAUGCAUAAUGCGUACACAGUCAUGUUUAGUAAAAUAAAAUGUCAGUACCACUACCAGUGAUUUCAACAAAGGACUUUUGCCCCAUCAGCGCGCGCGCAACAAGGGAUGAGGCGGGCGGCGCGGGCAGUGCACGGAGUACAGCCGCCGCGGACACUCGUGCCUGAGGAAGGACUCCCGAUGAGUCCGAAACAUGUCGCCAAAAGCGACUAAAAAUACCAGUUAGUGAAACCGUAGUGAUCUAAAUAUUUUGGGUUUUUACAAAGGACUAAUUUCAACAAUAUUUUUGGCAUUUUUGAGGUUAAAUCGUUUACGAUGAUGACUUUCAACGUCUGUUGUUAAAGAGAUUCCUUGCCAGCAAAAUAAAUUAAUGCCACUGAAAAUCCGAUAUAUGGCGAAGGCCAAAUAAAAUCUUGCCUGAAUAUCUAAGUACGGUCAAGGAAUUAA